CGCCCGGCAGCACCGAGGUGCGGGCAGUCUGCGCACGGACAUCGAUCGAAGCUCACGUUCACAUCCACUCCUCGAAAUUCCCGGUGUUUUCUUUUCGAUUCGUUGACACAUCGUGAACAACCAAGGUCGGGACGCGAACCAUUGCCACGCGAUUUAUCACACGUCUGCUCUCCGCUCCUGUGAGUCGUGCCUCGGUGUAGUGACACUUGUGCCUUUCGGAAAAAAAGACUGAAAAUCAUCGUCGUCCUGGGAGACCGAUUCUACAACCCUGCCAACUCCUCUACACCCUGUGAAUCGCCACACGUAUACGCGUCGAUCGAGCAGUAACAUGGUCCGCAACUAACCUCUAUUCGUGUUUGUACUCCAUCGAUACAACCAUACCAGUAGAGAAUAUCGAUCAAUAAUGCUGUAAAACUUUGACCGCCAGUUUUUGUUUAAAGUAGCAGUAAAAUCAAAAAGCAUCGUUGGAGAAAUCAACGUGGCAGAAUGUUUAAACGGUUGUCAAAAUCAAGGCGCCAUAGUGCUGACGACGUGGCCCUUUCGUUGUCGAGCCCGACGACCCUGGACGAGCCACCGGGGACGUCGACGCCGCGGGACAACUGUCAGAGCAUCAGCCCAGCCGCCCUGCUGAGGGUUUCGAGGACGAAGUACACCAGGAGAAGCUGCGGGGACGCGAGCGCCAUGCAAGCGUUGCUCGCCACUAAGCAGGAACAGGAGCAAGACGUCGCCGAGGCCGAUUAUCAAAUGGUCACGGCCGUUCCUGCGUUCAUCGUCGAACACGAGCCCGAGAAACAGCGUGGUUCGAGUUUUGGAGUCUGGGGUCGUAGAAUGAGCAAGAAGAUAGAUUCGUUCCGGCGGGCUGGUUCCCGCGAAACGAUCUGCUCCAUUUCCGAAAGGUCUGACGCCGGAAACGGAAACGCUAAUAACAAUAACAGUUGCACGGCAGCUAGCAAUAACAAUAUUAGCCCGAAAACGGACAAGUCAGUGCCAGAUCUGAAGCAAGAUAGCAAGCUAGAAAAGAGAAUACCGGGAACUUUCCAUAGAUCACCUUCUCCCUUUAAAUCGUUCUUCAUCCGCAUGGGUUCCACGGGAAUGCUCAACUCGGCGAGAAGUAACAGACGUUCGCAAAACAUGGACGAGAGACUAAAGACCACCGAGAAGGAAAAUUUGUUUAGAAGUUGUAGCACUAGUCAGCUGAACACCAGCCCGACUUACGUAAAGGGAGACGACCCCUCGGAAGGGAUCGAUUUACAGAUCUCGAACCGCAAGGAUAAAACAGUAUCUUGCGACAAUCUAGCGGAUCGUCAAAAUGACGACGCGUUCGACGAGCAUAUCGGAGACGCUACCGCGAGCUUAUAUUCCCUGGGAAACCCAUCGAUAACGAGCUUCAGUCCCUGUGACUUUGGUCAGUCCCGAAACGAAUCGCCGAUGCGGAAGAGCAGUAGCUGUGACUUCAAGGAAGCCAAGAAGUCUAGCUUUCCUUACGCUUUCCUACGGUCGAAACUAUCCGUCCUACCCGAGGAACGUCACAGUACGUUCGCCUCUAAAGACGAACGACUGUUCAAGACUGCCUCUGAGGAACAUUUUCCCGCGUUAAAGAUCGAGGAUACGUAUACCGGAACGACCACGCUUGGACGUCGUCGCACCAGGAACGGCAACUUGGCCAGGGGAAAUCCGAACAAGUCUCAGGAACAGCCCACCUCAAAAAGCGGACGGAACUCGUACACUGAGUUUCGGAGGAGUUCGAGCAGAUGCGAGGAUAGGUACAGUCUAAACCCUGGUCAUUUGGAGAGGAUUGACGACAACUUCCAGCAGGAAGAUACGGGCUGCUACAAUUCGUACGAUAGCAGUCCGAUGUCCCUUCGAGGUAACGCGACUGUUCAGCAUCCAGAAACUGGUCAGGAUAGAGUCGACUUUGCCGGAAGGAUCAACGAGUCUCGAUUUUCCGAGACGUCCUCGUUAAACGUAGACCUGGACAUGGUGGCAGCGUUGAGGAGCCACAGACGAAACUCCGCGCCCAGUGGUGAGCAGAGGCUUUCCUCUCAUUAUGUCAGCUCGAACGAGUCUGGCUACGACAGUGAUGGGCCUAGAGGAGAGUCAGCGGCAGCUUCGGAAAAUGAAGGUUUAAGUUUAAAGUGUACGGAUAGUUCGGAUACUAGCAGUGUGGUCGAUUCGGAACUGGAGAAGCCUAUCAGGAGCUCUACUCCCAGCGAGUGCCAAGAACAGGAGAACAGCAACGAUACCAGGAUGAGAAAGCUUUCCGAGGCAGAUGUUCGGGCUGGCACGUCUGAAUUGAACGACGGUAUAGACGGACUUAGGUGGCAUCAGAGUAAUUCGGGGAGAUUGUUGCCGAGCAUUCAUCAGACGUACGAUGAUGUCAUGAUGAAUUCUCAGUUUCCAAUUUGCGGGAACGGGCUGACCGCGUUGCAAAGUUCACCAAAAUCGCUGGAUAUCUCACCGCAUCGAAUGAGAUUACAACAAGACAAGAGUAGGUUUCUCAGUGACAUAAUUCAACCACCGAAGAGGGUUAGACGAUGUCGAUUGGUACAACUGAACAAGAGAGAUCCAAAGGAAAAUUUGGGUAUCCGCUUGGCGCAGCAACGUUUAGGCGAGUUGCGGUAUAUCGUUGUUCAGUUGGAAAGCGAUGGAAUAGCGCAUAGAGACGGAAGACUAAGGCUCGGUGAUGAAAUCGUCGAGGUUGAAGGGAAGGAGCUGAGGACGCUGGAAAGUCUGGAGGAGGUCCAAGAGUUUCUAAAAUCUUUCACCGGUAACAAAAUACGUCUGAUGACCGCGUUCGAGGAGACAGUGCCGCAGGUGUAUGUCAGCCCUCCGACUUUACCUGGGGAGUAUGAGUACCUGGAAAAUGCAAAGAAUCUUUCGAAUCUGUCGUUGAUCGACAGUGAAACGAGGCAAACUGUACAAUCGAAUCAAUCGAGUACACCCGCUGCGGACGAAGGCGUUCAGUCGACGAAGAGGCCAGAUUUUCUGCCGCUUUCUUGCAUGUCCAAAGAACGGAAGGGCGUGGAAAGUAAUUUGGAAUCGACAAUGGAGCCGCAACAUUACUUAUCGAGACACAUUGCCAAAUUCGAGAAGGGCUACGGCAAGCCUAGUCUCGGUUUCAGCGUGGUGGGUGGCAGAGAUAGCCCACGAGGUGAAAUGGGCAUUUUCGUGAGACGGAUUUUCCCUGGUGGUCAAGCUGACGUCUCCAAGUCGCUGUUCCAAGGUGACGAAAUCCUAAGUUUAAAUGGAAAGGUGCUGCGUGGCUACACACACCAAGAAGUUAUCGAAUUGUUCAAAGCAGUAAGAGAAGGCCCAGUUGAAUUGGAAAUCACAAGGAGACACAGGUAUCCAAAAAGUACGCAAAAAUCCGCGCCGUGCUGAGAAGGAGGCAACGUGGACGAAGCUGCCCACAGGAAGUGCUCUUUCGGUUUAACUCUAAACGAUUUAGUAUUCGCUGCAUACGAAGUUUUAGGAUUCUAGUCUAUCAGAACGAAUCUUUGAUCUUUGAUGUUUGUUUCAAUUAAUUUAUUUACUGCGGUGCCGCAGUUGCGUAGCAAUUAAGUGUAUUAUGAAAUUAUUAUUAUUAUUAGUUAUUAUUGACUAUUAUUAUAUAUUAUUUUUAUUAUUAUGUUAUUAUUAUUAUGACUAUAAGAUUUUAUAGAGAUACGUUACAGCAGCGUGAAUUCAUUGUAUACGAUUUCUGACAUUAUUAUUAUUAUUAUUAUUAUCAUCAUUAUUAUUAUU